CAAAAUAUAAGCUUUACAUAAUAAACAUUCAAUCAAGUUAUAGCUUCGUUGAGUUAUUGUAAUGUAGAACCCUUCCUAUAAUACAUUGCGAGAAAACGUGGCUGCCAAGGAGUGACUUGCUGGGUAUUUUGUUUAGUGUGCUAUGUUUCUGUUAAAAAAUAUAUAUAUUCUAGAAGAACACAAACUCGCAUAUUAUCAAAUGUUAAUAACGUCCACGAGUUUUGUGUAAAUAGUUGUGUAAUGUGAGCAGUGAAAAAUACUGACGUGGUCUUUUUGUGCAUUUUUAGACGUUGUAAAGACUGUUCUUGUCGGAAAACAAUGGCUACACUGGCAGCUAAACGCGAGGGACCCCAGUUUAUCAGCGAAGUAGCCGUGAGGGGCAACGGUGCAGUGCUCGAGUACUGUCGGACGUCGGUGUCCGCUUUGUCUGGAGCGACGGCGGGUAUACUGGGUCUUACAGGACUGUACGGGUUCGUCUUUUAUUUUCUGGCGUCGUUCUUUUUGUCUGUGCUUCUUAUCCUCAAAGCUGGUCGACGGUGGAAUAAAUGCUUUAAAUCUCGACGGCUGCUGUUUACCGGAGGGCUUGUUGGCGGCCUCUUCACCUAUGUUCUGUUCUGGACUUUCCUUUAUGGGAUGGUACAUGUGUACUGAAGAGGAACGGACUCUUGGGUCCUCAGGCUUCGGCUCAAGCAGCCAUGUAGAAGUAUAGUUUUCACAAAAGUAGAGAUUUGCAUUUGUACAUAGAUUGAGCUAAUGCUAUGUACAAGUUUUUGUUAGAAACCUAACGUAUAGACAUUCUUUAAUCAAAAAUGUUUUUCUCUUUGUAUCUGAUUGCACUGAAUCUUUAUGAAAUGCUGCCCAGUCCUGAACUGUUCAGUGUGUUUCUGAAGACCAGGGUGAAACCUAACUACAGUUCUGAACCAAAUCCCUUUUUAUCAUCUGAAUAGACAUUCAGUCUUUUCGGAACGCCAAGCUCUAAAAAGUUUAAAGUUCAGAAUACUUCUUUGGGAAAUUGUAACUUACCUUAAGAAAUUGGAGAACUUAUAAUGUACCACCUAACAUUUACUAAAUUAUAUGUAGAAAGAAUAUUCUAAGAUUUCUUCCAAAUAAAUUCAAACAAUUUGAUAUUUGAUUAGUUA